CCUUCUUCCCUGCCUCUCCCCAACAGCGGAAGGCAGCGCGCUCUUUGUAAUAAAAUCAGUGCCGAGUGAAUCCCGAAACAUCUAUCAAAAUGGUGAACUUCACUGUCGACCAGAUCCGUGCCAUCAUGGACAAGAAGUCCAACAUCCGUAACAUGUCCGUGAUUGCACACGUGGAUCAUGGGAAAUCCACAUUGACCGACUCUCUGGUGUCCAAGGCUGGAAUCAUCGCUUCCUCCCGUGCCGGAGAGACCCGCUUCACUGACACGCGUAAAGAUGAGCAGGAGCGCUGUAUUACCAUCAAAUCCACCGCCAUCUCCCUGUUCUACGAGCUGAGCGAAAACGAUCUGGCCUUCAUUAAGCAGUCCAAGGAUGGAUCUGGUUUCCUCAUUAACCUGAUCGACUCACCCGGGCACGUGGACUUCUCUUCAGAGGUCACAGCUGCUCUGCGUGUCACUGAUGGAGCGCUGGUGGUUGUGGACUGUGUCUCUGGUGUGUGCGUGCAGACAGAAACUGUGCUGAGACAGGCCAUCGGCGAGCGCAUUAAGCCAGUCCUGAUGAUGAAUAAAAUGGACCGUGCUCUUCUGGAGCUGCAGUUGGAACCCGAGGAGCUGUACCAGACCUUCCAGCGUAUCGUGGAGAACGUCAACGUUAUCAUCUCCACCUACGGCGAGGACGAAAGUGGACCAAUGGGUAACAUCAUGAUCGAUCCUGUGGUCGGUACAGUGGGUUUCGGUUCUGGUCUGCAUGGUUGGGCCUUCACCCUCAAGCAGUUCGCUGAGAUGUACGUGUCCAAGUUCGCUGCCAAAGGUGAAAGUCAGCUGAGCGCAGUAGAGCGCUGCAAGAAAGUCGAGGACAUGAUGAAGAAACUCUGGGGUGACAGGUACUUUGACCCAGCCACUGGUAAAUUCAGCAAGUCAGCCAACGGCCCCGAUGGCAAGAAACUUCCCCGCACCUUCGCCCAGCUCAUCCUGGACCCCAUCUUCAAGGUGUUUGAUGCCAUCAUGAACUUCAAGAAGGACGAAACCGCCAAACUGGUUGAGAAGUUGGACAUCAAGCUGGAUGUUGAGGAUCGAGAAAAAGAGGGCAAACCCCUGCUGAAGGCCGUGAUGCGUCGCUGGCUGCCAGCUGGCGAAGCUCUUCUUCAGAUGAUCACCAUCCACCUGCCGUCCCCCGUCACUGCUCAGAGAUACCGCUGUGAGCUGCUGUACGAGGGACCUGGAGAUGAUGAGGCUGCCAUGGGUAUUAAGAACUGUGACCCGAAGGCUCCCCUAAUGAUGUACAUCUCAAAAAUGGUGCCCACCACAGAUAAGGGUCGUUUCUAUGCUUUCGGCCGUGUGUUCUCUGGUGUAGUGUCCACCGGUCAGAAGGUGCGAAUCAUGGGACCAAAUUAUGCCCCUGGCAAGAAGGAGGAUCUCUACAUCAAACCCAUCCAGAGGACCAUUUUGAUGAUGGGUCGUUACGUAGAGCCCAUUGAAGAGGUGCCAUGCGGAAACAUUGUGGGUCUGGUCGGUGUGGACCAGUUUUUGGUGAAGACUGGCACCAUCACAACCUUUGACCAAGCCCACAACAUGCGUGUGAUGAAGUUCAGCGUGAGCCCCGUGGUCCGAGUGGCCGUCGAGGCCAAGAACCCCGCUGACCUGCCCAAACUGGUGGAAGGCCUCAAGCGUCUGGCCAAGUCCGACCCCAUGGUGCAGUGCAUCAUCGAGGAGUCUGGAGAGCACAUCAUCGCUGGUGCUGGAGAACUUCACCUUGAAAUCUGCCUCAAGGACCUGGAGGAGGACCAUGCCUGUAUUCCACUGAAGAAAUCGGACCCGGUUGUGUCAUACAGGGAGACCGUCAGUGAGGAGUCAGACCAGAUGUGUUUGUCCAAGUCUCCCAACAAGCACAACCGUCUGUACAUGAAGGCCAAGCCGUUCCCCGACGGACUUGCAGAAGAUAUCGAAAAGGGUGAUGUCACCCCCCGUCAGGAGUUGAAGGCUCGCGCCCGUUACCUGACCGACAAAUACGAGUGGGACAUCACGGAGGCCCGUAAGAUCUGGUGCUUCGGACCAGACGGAACCGGACCCAAUCUUCUGGUGGACGUGACGAAGGGUGUGCAGUACUUGAACGAAAUCAAGGACAGCGUCGUGGCAGGAUUCCAGUGGGCUACUAAAGAGGGUGCACUGUGUGAGGAGAACAUGCGUGCUGUCCGUUUCGACAUCCACGAUGUGACGCUGCACACAGACGCCAUCCACCGUGGUGGUGGUCAGAUCAUUCCCACAGCCCGCAGGGUUCUGUACGCCUGUCAGCUUACAGCCGAGCCCAGACUCAUGGAGCCUGUUUAUCUGGUGGAGAUCCAGUGCCCAGAGCAGGUUGUUGGUGGCAUCUACGGUGUGUUGAACAGGAAGCGGGGCCAUGUGUUUGAGGAGUCUCAGGUCAUGGGCACACCCAUGUUUAUUGUUAAGGCUUACCUGCCCGUCAACGAGUCUUUCGGUUUCACAGCUGAUUUGCGCUCCAACACAGGUGGUCAGGCCUUCCCACAGUGUGUGUUUGACCACUGGCAGAUCCUGCAGGGAGAUCCCAAAGACCCCGCCUCAAAACCCUUCCAGGUCGUCGGUGAGACGCGUAAACGCAAGGGCUUGAAGGAGGGCAUCCCAGCACUAGAUAACUUCCUCGACAAGUUAUAAGCAACAGAACUACAUGCCUCCCCUCUAUAGCCCCUUCCACAUCUCAUUCAUAUGUCAUUCCUUUCUCCUGCACUUGUUUAUUUCUUCCACUCGGGAGUACAAGAGAGGACUGGACUCUACAGGCACCACACGCAAACCGCACAGUUACGUGAUUAUGUAAAUCUAAGUAAAGAAAAUAAAAACUGAAAAGUA